UCCCCCCUCCAUGCGUACGUACUAAAUGGAUGUCCCCUAAAUGGAUGUCCCCUAAAUGGAUGGGCCCCAAAGCAGCCGGCGGCGGCACGGCGCGCCCCAACAGGGAGACCGCUCUCUGAGCAGAGUCGGGGAUGCGAUGAGACGGCUCGGGGCAGCGUCAUCGCCGCCGUCUAGGACGCCGCACGACGCCGCACGAAGGCGUGAGUGAGUGAGUGAAUGAAGACGUCAGCACGGCACGCACGCCGCACGAUGGCGUGAGUGAAUGAAUGAAUGAAGACGUCAGCAAGGCAAACGGCACUCACUCACGCCGCACGAUGGCGUGAGUGAGUGAAUGAAUGAAGACGUCAGCACAGCAAACGGCACUCACGCCGCACGAUGGCGUGAGUGAAUGAAUGAAGACGUCAGCAAGGCAAACGGCACUCACUCACGCCGCACGAAGGCGUGAGUGAGUGAAUGAAGACGUCAGCACGGCACGCACGCCGCACGAUGGCGUGAGUGAGUGAGUGAAUGAAGACGUCAGCACGGCACGCACGCCGCACGAUGGCGUGAGUGAAUGAAUGAAUGAAGACGUCAGCAAGGCAAACGGCACUCACUCACGCCGCACGAUGGCGUGAGUGAGUGAAUGAAUGAAGACGUCAGCACAGCAAACGGCACUCACGCCGCACGAUGGCGUGAGUGAAUGAAUGAAUGAAGAGGUCAGCAAGGCAAACGACACUCACGCCGCACGAUGGCGUGAGUGAGUGAAUGAAUGAGGACGUCAGCAAGGCAAACGACACUCACGCCGCACGAUGGGGUGAGUGAAUGAAUGAAGACGUCAGCACAGCAAACGACACUCACGCCGCACGAUGGCGUGAGUGAGUGAAUGAAUGAAGACGUCAGCAAGGCAAACGACACUCACGCCGCACGAUGGGGUGAGUGAAUGAAUGAAGACGUCAGCACAGCAAACGACACUCACGCCGCACGAUGGGGCGCAGACCAUGAACUACAUAGGGCAGCUGGCGGGGCAGGUUGUGGUGACGGCGCGCGAGCUCUACAAGGAGCUCAACCCGGCCACGCUGACCGGCUGCAUCGACGCCGUGGUGGUGCGCCACGCCGACGGCUCGUUCCAAUGCUCCCCGUUCCACGUGCGCUUCGGCAAGCUCGGCGUGCUGCGCUCGCGGGAGAAAGUCGUUGACAUAGAGAUCAAUGGCGAGCCGGUGGAUUUGCACAUGAAGCUGGGGGACAACGGAGAGGCUUUCUUCGUGCAGGAAGCGGACGACGAUGGGGAGGUGGUUCCUGCCCACCUGGCCACGUCGCCCAUCAACACGGAAGGCGCCGAUCUCAUGGCCGCACACCUCGGCAAGGCUGCCGGUGAAGGUGCCGUCCGCGAGGGGGCGGAACGUCCUCCCUCCCCGUGUCUCCCGCUGGCCGAUCCAGGAUCCGGCUCCGGCUUCGCGGCGCCACCCGGCUCGGCCCCCAAGAGGAGGAGGAAGCGGCGGAAGCGGUCGGAGAUGGGGGGGCAGAUGAAGAAGCUGGGCGAGCAGCAGCCGUCCGACGGGGAGAUCUUCGAGAUGGAGAUGAGCACCGACGAGGAGGCCCCGAGGCAGAUCGCUCAGAGACCGACGAGCCUGGAGGUGUCCAGGCCGGAAGUGACCGCGGUGACUGCGUUGUACUCCAGCGACACCAUCCACCCCUUCUCCGACGGCGAGUGGAGCACAUCCGUGGGCCCCGACGAGUGCCGAGCGCCGUCGCCGAAGAGCGACUCGGAGCUGGUGACUCGGCCCUCGGAGGCCGCCAUGCGCUCGGAGCUGCCCAUGCGGUGGACUUGGGGCGAGUUCCCAGAAGCCGCGAAGUACAAGAAGAGCGAGAAGUCGGUGGACUCGCCAUCGACGGCGUCCGCCGACGUGCCGGCGGGCGAGCGCCCCUCCCCCGCCGACUCCCCGUGCCCCUCCGACCCCGGCGACUCGGGCCUCGUCGGCUCCGACGACCUGAGCCACGCGGCCUCGGGCUCCGAGUCUCCGGCCCAUGCCUCCUGCGCCUCUCCCCUGCCCGCCGACGACGACGACGAGGAGGAGGAGGAGGAGGACGGGAUGGACGGCCGGGAGGACGACGAUGGCGGUCGCACCGAGACUCCGGCCACGGCGCCCCCCGCGAUGCCCGCGGUGCCCGCGGAGCCCACGGAACCCGCGACGCCCGCGACGGACGACGGGAAGGCGACAGCGGGAGGCAAGUCACCCGCGCGCGAGUCUGUUGAGAGCGUCGUUCCGCCUGCCGCAGCGGCCGCCGCCGCCUCCUGCCAGGAGCCCAAGGCUCCGUCUUCUGCGAAGGACGGAGACCAAAAUGGGUCGUCGUCGAAGAAGAAAGACGCAUCCAAGCGGAGCAGACACCAGGGCCCCUCGGACAUCUACCUCGACGACCUCACCGCCCUUGACCCCGAGGUCGCCAAACUCUACUUCCCAAAGAGGGAGGGAGAGCUGGGCCGACGCUGGAGCGUGAGCGGGCCGGACGCGAGAAGCGAGCGAUCCGACUGCCCCUCGCCCCGCUCCACCGCCGUCGGCGGCGGCGGCGGCGGCGGCGGCGCCGUUGACAGCGGCACGGAGUGCCAGUUCGACUCCGACUCGGACGCCCUAUCCGUGGGCCUCUCGCUGUGCGGGGGGCUGUGCCACAACGCCGAGGUGUCUGAAGAGAAGUUCCAAGAGCGGGUGAUCCAGUACACGGACCUCACCCAAAACCCGGCCCUCCUGGACGACCCCAACCUCGUCAUCAGAAUACAGAACAAGUAUUACAACUGGGCAGUGGCGGCACCCAUGAUCCUGGCGAUGCAGGCGUUUCACAAAGGACUGCCCAAGACCACCGUGGACAAGCUGGUCAAGGACAAGAUGCCCAAGAAGCCCGGACGCGGGUGGUGGUUCUGGAGCCGGAAGGACACCAAGGAAAUCAAGGCCGGCGGGACGGCAGCCAACGGGAACGUUUCGCCGGAUUCGACGAUGCCUGCCGAGAAGUUGGACGUCGGCAGCAGGCUGGUGGAUGAGGUGGUGAUCUCUGCCGAGCCGCUGGCGCUAGUGGAGUGCGACGCCAAGCGGGUGGUGGUGCCCGACUCGCUGGAGGAGGCCUUGACCUGCAUUUCCUUCAAGAAGUCUCUGCGUCUCUCGUCAGAGCAGAUAGCGAGGCUGAACCUCCGUGAGGGUGCCAACAGCGCGACGUUCAGCAUCACGACGCAGUUCCAGGGCACGACGCGCUGCGAGGGCACCAUCUACCUGUGGAACUGGGACGACCGCGUUGUCAUAUCCGACAUCGACGGCACCAUCACCAAGUCGGACACGCUGGGCCACAUCUUGCCGCAGUUUGGCAAGGACUGGACGCACGAGGGCAUCGCCAAGCUCUACCACAAAAUCCACGAGAAUGGUUACAAGUUCCUGUACUGCUCGGCGCGUGCUAUCGGCAUGGCGGACCUGACCCGCAGCUACCUCGAGUGGGUGAACGAGCAGGGCGUGAUGCUGCCCAAGGGCCCACUGCUGCUGUCCCCCAGCAGUCUGUUCAGAGCUUUCCACAGGGAGGUGAUCGAGAAGAAGCCGGAGAAGUUCAAGAUCGCGUGUCUGAGUGACAUCGGACGACUCUUCCCUGCCAACUCGCAACCGUUCUACGCCGCCUUCGGAAACCGCCCCAAUGAUGUGUACGCUUACAGGCAGGUGGGGGUUCAGGAGAGCCGCAUCUUCACCGUGAACCCACGCGGGGAGCUCAUCCAGGAGCCGACCAAGAGCUGCAAGUCCUCCUACGUGAAGCUGAGCGAGCUGGUGGAACACAUGUUCCCCCUGAUGAUGAGAGAAAAUGCCGCGGCGUUCCCCUGCUCGGAGGAGUUCAGCCAGUUCACCUACUGGCGCAGCCCGAUGCCCAGCGUCGACCUCGAACCGCUGUGACGGACGGACGGACCGGCGGACGGUCCGACCGACCGAUGGAUUGCGGCCUAUGUGGAGGGAAGGGAGGGGCGGAGAUGGGAAACACCGCACGAGGCUGGGAUGUGAAGCGGAGUGGAGCAGAGUGGAAUGGAGCGGACCGAAGCGGAGAGCGGGAUGAAGGUGGUGUACAGCUGUCUUGUCGCCGACUCAGAAGGAUGUGAGAGCUGCCUAAGUCGCACUUUGAAAAGAGACUUUUGUCUCUCCCGGCCAAUUUCCUCGCGUCGCGAGUCGGGGGGGGGAGAAUAUUGAACAAAAAAAAAAAAACGGCGAAAAUAAUUUCCUGUUGCCUCUGCGGAACACGUGGGUUUCACAGCCGCUUGGAUUUCCGUCUUGUUUUAAAUCGGGGGCGGGUGGGGGGUGGGGGGGCAAUAAAACCACUUGUACUCUGAAUGUUGCUCAAUUAUUUUAAAACCCUUUUGCGAGAUGUGAACUCCCGCUCGUGAGUUUUCCCGCCGAAACCCGAGCGACGGACGCCGCAGCGAGGAGAAGGCUUCGUGGGUGCACUGCGUCCCUCCUCCUCCUCCUCCCAGCGGUGUCACUCAGGCGGCACUUUCGGUGAAGUUGUGGCCUGGCUGAGCAAGAAAGAGACGCGCGCGCGGCUCUAAGUCUUUCACGCUCGCUGUUGUCGUCGUGCCUUCUGAUUACGGAGGCCUACGACGACUGGAACUGCACGGCGGCCGCUGCCUAGAAUCGGUGUACACCGAGACGAACUCGCUUUCUAACCCCGACCGUGCGGAUUUUUUGCGGUAGUGCGGCGCGCUCUCGGGUUGCACACCCGCCCCACCCGCAUGGAAUGAAACGUCGGACAUCCUUCCAGACUACGCGGCGACCUGGAAGACGCCGUGGGAGAGCCGUAUCUCUAAAAACCCGGCCCGCCUCUUCCCCCCCCCCGGUCGAGACGCCGUCGGCUCAGGGGACCGCACGACCGCCGCGCUCUCACCGAGGAGCCUCGUGCGCCUGCACAUGAAGCGAUGCGAGUCGAGGUGGCGGGAGCAAGCAAACGACGGGAGUGAACAAAAUGUGAAUGUAAGAAUCGGCCACACGCCCGUGUUGUUUACGGCGCUCGCAGUCCUGAUUGCCGAUAACUUCCCCGGAGAGAGGAAGUCAACUCUGCCGGAUUAAUUCUCUUUGGCGUCGCUGCUGCUGCUGCUGCUGCUGCGUCGUUGAGGACACCGCGCCGAUGUCUUUGGCGUGCGGUUGGCCGCCGAAAAGCGGCGCGACGCUCGUGGGUGGUGCCGGAUUCGUCGCUCCGAGGGCCGAAUCACUUUAGCCGGCACACGCACAAGAUCUUUCAAUGGGGUGCUUUGUGCAUAAUUGCAAAACAUAUAUCGGUCGUGUAGUACGUAUACACAUCUACGGUGUGUAUAUAUAAACACAGCUAUUGUGAAUAACAAAAACUACCUUGAGAGUUGUAUUAUGUCCACAUUCUUUCUGUGAAAGAUGGGGGAAAAAGGGAAAUACUGUAUUAAAAUAAUCAUUAAUGUGCCAUGAUAUCACGAAUAAAGUUUAAGGCUGCUCUAUA